GAGCUCCCCAGCAACCGGCCCAAGCUGCCUGGCGUCCCCACGAUGCGACUGCGCCCCCAGAACGGGGCUCCCAGCGCAGCGACAGGGACAUGCAGCCGGGCGGCGUGCCGGCUUGACUCUCCCCCGACUCUUCCGGCUGCCCCUUGAGGCCUGGUGCGGCCCAGCCUGGUUCGAGGAGGAGUAUGGAGAGCCUCGGUGUCAGAAAUCAGUCAAUUACAGAUUUCUUCAAACCAGUCCCAAAGCAAGAUAGACUUGUGUUGAACUCACCACAAAGGACAAAUCAUAAAUAUGAAAGAGGUGGGUUAUUGGACACCGGUAUAGGACAAUUUGAAAGAAAAAUAUCCGCAACAAAAAAUAUGUGUAAAAAGAUGUCAGUUAUAUCACCAAACAAGAGUCCUAUUAUAGAGACUUUGAUGAGAAGAUUUAAAGAGAAAAAAGGUGAAAGAGAUGCACCUGAGAGAAACCAGCCUCCUGUGGUGCAAAAAACCCAGUCUUUAGUGGUUGAAAAACCCCGUGUUUCUACUUUACAUCGUUGCAUGUCAAGGAAUGAAAUGAAAGACCCAAGGAAGCAAGAAAGAUCUCCAUUCAAAAUGUCAUCACAUAAUCAUGGCAAUAUGAGGGAGAAGGCUGAGUGCAUAGAUCAAAACCAGACAAUUACAGAUGCCAAAAACUUGGUUUCAUCACCAAAACCUGAGAUUUUGAAAAACAAUUCCAGCAAAAUUGGUGGUAGAAAUGACAUAUCGAGGUGCCAGCAGUUAGAAUGUUCUGUGAAAAUGCAACAGGAACCAGUUGAGUCUAAGCUUCAGUUGUCUUUAAAAUCUAGUUGCAGAGAGGGAGAACUAAAGGAACAGAGUCAGAAACUAUUAAAACACAGAGUCAUUUCUCCAGAAGAGGCAUUCUCAGGAGAAAGCAGCCUUUCCUCAGAACCCUAUAACAUAGAUACAAAAUUCACAUCAAGACAGGAACGGACCAUGCAGAAUAUCAUCCCAGAAAAAAGCAGACUUUCAAAUCAGGAAAAUGGAUGCCGCUCAAGAAAAAGAUUACAUUCUGAUUCACUGGAGGCUGCUUCAGGUACUGAAUUCUCUGGGAUGUCAGAUGCUAAAACAUGCGUUGUUUCAUCUUCUGAAAAAGAGAGAGAGGUCACCUUUCCUAAAGCACCUAUUACAUAUCCUUCCGUGUCACCCAGGAUCAAGAAACAAACAGAGAGGAAUUUCGAAGAUGUUGCUAAUACAUCUUCAAUGAAAUCAUCUAGUAAAUCUUUGCCUUUUCAAAACGGCAGUAUUAUUAAGAGUCCUCCAGCUGUACUUGGAGAUGUUGUAUUGUGCAGCACAAGCAUUUCAAUGCCUUCAUGUAAAAACUUAGAAAAUUCCAGUUCCACUAGUAGUACACCAAGAAAAAAACUAAAAGUUUAUUUAGAUAGUGAUGAGGAAAAUUUAGAUUGCAACCUGGAAAGUGAUGAGGAAGAUGUUGCAUUAAAACCACUGCAAGAAAUCAUGUCUUUGAAUUCCAGUCAACCUACAACUCCAGAAAAACCUUUUGUUCUUUUAGAAAAGCCUAGAGCAUUAUCAUCAAACGUUUCAGUGAGUGUUCGUUACCAGCGUUUUGAGAACAGUUUAGAGCGCCUAGCAAAGGAGAGUGAAAAUCUUCCAAGGUCAGAUAAAUGGGAAAAAGAGCUAAAGGAAGAUUUAGUGAAAGGUCAGGGAAUAAAAUCCCUAAUGGAGACAGAAGAAUCAGAAAAUACAGAUGACAGUGGAGAACUCCAAGAAGAGCAUAGGGAGUUUAUAAGGAAAUUCUUCAUUGCUUUUGAUACCAUUCCUGAUUGCCAUCCAGGCGAAGAAAUAUUUCACUGUUUCGAUUAUGGAAAAAUUUUCAGUCAACAUACAUUGGACUUAAGGGACUGUAAUUUUGUUCCAAAGAAUGCUAUUGAAGAUCUUAUCCUUAAAUCAGGAAGAACACAGCAAAUUUUUUUAACAACACAAGGAUAUCUCAGCACCGCCUAUUAUUAUAUCCAGUGUCCUAUACCUGUGUUAAAGUGGCUGUUUCAGAUGAUGUCUGUUCACACAGACUAUGUUGUUUCUAUACAGCUUUUGAAUACGUUGAUAGACUUAACAGUUAGAAAUGAUGCCACUAGUGGAUCAUCAGUUUGGCCUUGGAUCCCAUCACUGUCUGAUAUUGCAACUGUGUUUGUCAACAUGGGAGUUAGUUUUAAGUGUUUAUUUCCUGUACGGAAUCUUCAGCCUGUCUUUAAUGAAGAUAUUUUUAAUUUUGAGGUACAAAGUAUAUCUGAAGAAAGAAAAGGUGAAGAUUCUGUAGCAGAAACUGUUGUUUCAUGUCUUCCAGAAACCAACAUUUUAAAUGUAGUUAAGUUUAUAGGCUUGUGUACAGCUGUAUAUCCAGAAGGUUACACAGAUCAAGAAAUAAUCUUGCUGCUUUUAAUGUUCUUGAAAAUGAGUUUGGAAAAGCACCUGAAACAGAUUGCACUAGUGGACUUUCAGAGUCUCCUGAUAAACCUGUUGAAAAACAUUAGAGAUUGGGACGCAAAGAUGCCUGAACUCUGUAUGGCUAUAAGUGAGCUGUCCACUCAUCAUCACAACCUUCUAUGGUUGGUGCAGUUUAUCCCUAACUGGACAGUACGUGGAAGGCAGGUGAGACAGCAUCUCAGCUUAGUGAUUAUUGCUAAAUUUCUGGACAAGAAACCUGAAGAUAUUCCAAGUGCCAGUGAUCUGCAGUUGUCUCUUCUUUGUCAAUACCUUACACAAAUGAAGCCUGAUUUGUUAAGGAAAAUAAUAGCAAAGAAAACAGGUGAACAACAGGAUAACCUUACCAAAGACUGUUUAGGUCUAGACCUUGAGCAGCAGGUAUAUUACCUGACCUAUGUGCUUCUUCAUUUAGUUAGUGAAGUUAGUUCCUGUUCUUUCUCUCUUCGACAAAGGAAAGAUUUGCUGCAGCUAUGUGGUUCUUUGGAACAGCACAUAAAAUGUUCUAUCAGAGAAGAUGCAAGAUUUUUUCAUAGGACAAAGGUAAUAGAUUUAGUUGCCAUAAUACAUGGAAAAUGGCAAGAAAUGAUCCAAAAUUCUCGGCCUAUUCAGGGAAAGCUGCAUGACUUCUGGGUACCAGAUUCUUAAUUGGAGUGGCUAAAAUGUUGACUCAGGAGAAAUUGAACAGGACAAGAACCUUUCCUGAAAACGUGGAAAAUGUAGAUGCAGACUUCCAUAGAGCUUUUGCAUGGGGAGACAGACAAGUAAUAUGCCAUUUGAAUCCAGACUGUGCACGAGAAUAUGAAGUGUGAACCUUGGGUGGGAUUGUCUGAUCUCUUUACAAGAGAUACUAAAGCUCGAACUUGAUUCCUGUUUUAGGAACAGAGCAUACGUCUGAUAAUACAGUGUGUUAUAUAUGAAUGUAAUUUUUUUAAAAUUCCCAUCAAAUUACUGAUUUAUCUUGUCCUAACAAGUUACACAAAGUCCUGAAUUGAAGUUCUAAGAAAUUUGGGUAGAUUUGCCAAGAUAAUGCAUGUUGCUGUCCCUUUGAAAACCCUGGAUUGUAAUUAUUUAUAAGGUGUGUGGGCUUGAGAACAAUUGAAAAUCACAGGCUGCUCUUAAUGUUUAAAACACUUUGAUACUAGCCUUUGGUUAAAUGAUAUGUUUCAAUUAAUGUCCUGGUGAGCCAAAGAGUCUUUGAUAGUAACAAACUAUUGACAUUCUUAGUUUAAUUAAAAGGAUUUUUUCUAAUA